GUCAGCUGCAGCAUUUCUCCAUCAACAAUCUCGGUGAUCCGUUUAUUGAGAGCAACUAUGGAGUCCAUUCGAGACAGUUUGAGGUCGGUGGUUCUGGAUUGGUUUGCUCGGUUGUGGGAGAUUGAGAAGAAUGAGUACUGGGGUUACAUCACCAAUUGCGGUACCGAAGGAAAUCUUCAUGGAGUUUUAGUAGGGAGAGAAGUGCUUCCGGAUGGGAUUCUGUAUGCUUCGAGGGAUACGCAUUAUUCGAUAUUUAAAGCGGCAAGAAUGUAUAGAAUGGAAUGCGUAAAGGUUGACACUCUGAUGUCUGGUGAGAUUGAUUGCGCCGAUUUUAGAGCUAAGCUUCUUGCUAACAAGGACAAACCAGCUAUCAUUAAUGUUAACAUAGGAACAACUGUUAAAGGAGCUGUGGACGAUCUGGAUCUUGUCAUAAAAACCCUUGAAGAGUGUGGAUUCAAUCGUGAUCGGUUCUACAUUCACUGCGAUGGAGCCUUAUUUGGACUCAUGAUGCCUUUUGUCAAACUUGCACCAAAAGUUUCUUUCAAGAAGCCCAUUGGAAGUGUGAGCGUUUCUGGUCACAAGUUUGUAGGAUGUCCGAUGCCUUGCGGUGUUCAGAUAACAAGGCUGGAGCACAUUAAUGUCCUUUCAAAUAAUGUAGAAUACCUUGCUUCAAGGGAUGCGACAAUCAUGGGAAGCAGGAAUGGCCAUGCUCCUAUUUUCCUAUGGUACACCCUCAACAGAAAAGGUUACAAAGGGUUCCAAAAAGAAGUUCAGAAGUGUCUUCGAAAUGCUCACUACUUGAAGGACCGUCUUCGUGAUGCUGGGAUCAGUGCCAUGCUGAAUGAGCUUAGCAGCACAGUUGUAUUUGAGCGUCCUCAAGAUGAGGAGUUUGUUCGUAGGUGGCAGUUGGCUUGCCAAGGAAACAUUGCACAUGUUGUGGUGAUGCCAAGUGUGAACAUUGAUAAAUUGGAUGAUUUCUUAAACGAACUAGUUGAAAAACGCUCAACUUGGUACAAGGAUGAGAAAGUUCAGCCUCCUUGUAUUGCAGCUGAUGUAGGGACUCAGAAUUGUCUUUGCGGGAAGCACAAGUGAUUCAUUUAUUUUAGCAGUGUGCUGUUGUUGUAUUGUAGUACUUUGUUCUGUUGAACUCCUGCAUUUUGUAGUUCCUAGUAUUGUUUCAGAGGGUGUUUCUCCCUUUGUUCUCAUGA